AUGGCAUACGAGAGCAUCCCGCUUGAAGCUUUCCAUGAAACAUUCAAGUCUAAUACUGAGCUCUCCAGUGUCGCACUAGGAGGAAAAGUUGUGACAGUCUCAGACGAGUUCUUCGCUGAGGCAUUUCACCUGCUUGAAGUCGAGCCAGCUCCCAGCCUCAAAGGGCAGUUUGGCCCUAAUGGCGCGCUGUACAGCGGCUGGGAGACACGGAGACAUAAUCCUUCCUACGACUGGUGUGUCAUUAAACUUGGUACGUUGGGCACGAUCGUCGGGUUUGAUAUCGACACAACCCACUUCAACGGUAAUGAAGCUCCUGAAGUGUCCGUAGAUGGCAUUAUUGAUUCAUCACUGGAUGAACAUGACGUGAACAAUGCAAAGUGGACGGAAAUUUUACCCCGUGUCCCACUCGGCCCGUCUCAGCGGCAUCUUUUCAAGAUAGCAGAAACCGAACAAGUGAAGUUUGUGAAGUUAAACAUGUAUCCGGACGGUGGUAUUGCGCGUUUCCGAGUCUACGGUAAUGUCGCUCCUGUGCAGCCUGAUGGCCCUCAAGAAGUAUUCGACCUUGCCCAUGUCUUCGCUGGAGGUCGUGUGACAUUUAUGUCUGAUCAGCAUUUUGGUGUUGGCGCGAAUCUGAUUCUCCCAGGCCGAGGUAAAGAUAUGGGUGAUGGUUGGGAGACUAAGCGAAGCCGGCAGAAGGGCCACAAGGAUUGGGUGAUCAUUAAAUUGCAAGUCACCAAAACUUCCCAGAUCGAAAUCGACACGGCACAUUUUAAGGGCAACUUCCCGGAGACCUGUGAACUCCACGCUUUGUGUAGCGAAGACGAGGUACCAGAUAGCGAUGCUGCCGAUUGGACACAGAUUUUGUCCCCAGUCAAGCUCGGACCGCAUCGGAGGCACUUCUUUGCACUGGAAGCAGAUGUGUCUAUUGCCUAUACGCACGUAAAGCUUACCAUAUAUCCUGAUGGUGGUAUCAAGCGCGUACGAGUCUAUGCACAAAACGAUGCUGCUGUGCCACUUGAAUCGGCGCCUGUAGCAGUCAAACAAGUCAAAACCAUACCUGCAUAUGGUGACCAUACUGCAGCUCCCCCAGGGACUAAGAUCACGCCUGCGAAUCAAGGAUCUGCAACCAAAUUCCAUAAGCUUUCACUUUUAGAAUCGUCGUAUCCGGCUGGUCUGGGGGCUAGCAGUGGGCUGUCUGUCUAUCGCUGCAAUCCGACAAAAGUUGUUAACGGUGGUGUGGAGCUCAAGGUCGUCGAGCGUCACCCAUACACGAACCAGGCCUUCAUUCCUAUGGGAGGGGGAGGUAUACAGGGUGACGAGGCGCUGAAGGAGCCAGGUAGUGCAUACCUUGUAGUGGUCGCCCACAAUGGAACAGACGACAAACCCGACUUCAAUACUCUUCGUGCAUUCGUAGCGAGUGCAGGGCAAGGAAUCAUGUAUAACACUGCAAUUUGGCAUCAACCGAUGACGGUUUUGUACAAGCCAAUGGACUUCACUUGCGUGGAGACGCAAAUUGGGAAUGGCGACAAGGCGGAUUGCGAAAUUUUGGAGUUGGAAGCUAGCGAAGUGGUUAUUUUGGCGCUUCCGCGUCACUAG